AUGCGACCGGUAGUGGGCACUCUUGCGUCUCUGCUGCUCUUCUCGAUGGUUCUGGCGUCAUCGGUCAGUCUCCAAAACCAAGAAAUACCAAGCUCUCAACAGGCGCAGCUUCAAAGCCUCUUCCGACCUCUCUUUGUCCGCUUCCUCCUCACAGGCAAGGCAAUGCAGAUUCACGGACAGUCAGCCUUUGACGUUUUCGCCAAGCCGGUAGUUUCACCCGAUGCCACCAGCGUACGCUACGAUGGCUUCACCACAUUUAUCGAUGGAGAAGACGAGUUUACGUACAUUCUUGCGGAUGGAGCCGCUUACGUGGUGGAGAGUUCCCACAGCGACAACCAGGCCACAAAAACAGUCAGAUGCCUGUCAUCGAUCACCCCUUUUGACGAAAUCGUGGCGGCCCUUAACAAUCUCACAGCUAUUCCAUACUCAACUGUCCAGGACAAACCUCUUGACUGUGUGGAUGAAACUGCGUACGAGACUUCUUUUGGCGGGAAGGAGUUCGUUUUGUGCCAGACGCGUGGGGAAGAGUAUCUCUUCGAGGCAUAUAGCGAUGGCAUAAUGAUGGUGGUAGAACACUGGAUCGGCGAUCUCAAUAUAUCGGCUCCAACACUGACCGAUGGAUCCAAAACCUGUAAAACUGUAGCGAAGGCUACUGUCAUUGAUUCCACUGCUCGAGCACUUCUCACUGGUGGUAUUUCGACGUAACUCGAGGCAUUACGAUGUAAGGGAGAGCGAGUUUAAUUCCACUAUUUAUCGUAUCUCUAAACUCGA